CUUAUAUUUAUAUAAAUAUAUAUAUAAUAUAUAUAUUUUGCUGAUGCAGUAUACAGUGUGUAUAUGUGUGUGUGUGUGUGUAUGUGUGUGUAAGUUUAUAUAUGCACACAUGCAAACAGUUCCUGGAAGAGAACUCUGAAUGCUUUGCUAGCAAACACUGUGGUGUGCAAACCUAGAACUCACUCAAUAGAAAAAAAGCCAUUUAUCUGAAGGCUGCAUAGUGGAGAGAGUCUUCAGUUUACCUCAUUCUUUGUAGCAGCCCUUGAUUUUAACCGGUUUUUGUAAUAGGUACAAAUAAUCCCAUACCUUUCUAGGUGUAAUUUUAAGUUAAGCUAAAAAUUCUUUGUAGGUUAAUUUAUUUGUAUAUGAUAGUAGUAGGUAAGAUCAUGUCAAACCUUAUAAUUUGGGGAAUCUAACACUAUUUAAAUUAUUGGAAAUUGUUGUCUAUUGUAUAGAGAUUCUUUUUUCUAUUGGCUUGGUAUGUUACAUUAAUAAUGCAUUUUAUGUGUUCAAGCACACAACUUUACGUAAAUACAAAGUUCACUAGCAAACAUCUGGCUUUUUUGACUACUUACAACAUUAAUUUCACUCUGCCAUAAAAAUUAAUGUUUAUGUUCUUUUAUCUGUAAGCAUUAUUCACAUACCUUUACCAAAAACUCAAGCAAUACAAUAUUUUCUUUAUUUGCUGUAUGCCUUUGUUUGCUAAAAGCUAACAUUUUUUGCAUUUAUUUUAAAGGGCUGUACUAAACCCACAGCUUUAAGUUUUUUUCCUUAAAAAAGCAUUGUAGCCAAUGCUUGAACUCACAAAUGGUUUUAAAAUACAGUAUUUCUCUUCUCCACAUUUCCAUGCCUUCGUGUCAAAGCUUAGUUGUUUUUCCUGGUGAGCACCAUAGAUAAUCUCCUGUUCGAAGUGUGGACAGGAGGGUGUUUUCACAGCAAUGGAGCUAAGUUUUUCCUCUUUUUAGUGAAAUGGCAACCCAGAUGUCCCUGUCAGUAUAAUAGAGACAGUCUCAUGUAGCCCAUGCUUCACACAAGCAGGAAUGAAUGCACUGUUUCUUAAGAAGAUAGUUUAUAAAUUACAGAAUGGUUCCUUCAGAGAUGGGGCUACCUCCUCAGAUAUUCAGAGUAUGAAAUGGAAGAGCUCAAUGUGUUUCACACUGGCUUGUUUGGUAUUCAUAUAUCUUACUGUUAAUUCUACAGUGUUUCAUUGUGAAUGAAAACCCCAUUUUCAGCUCACUCUUGAGUCAACGAUGGGCUGGGGUGUUGGACCACCCCUGGGUGUGUUCCUUGAGCGUUCUGAGGGAAUGUCAUACUUUUCCUUUUUACCUUCCCCAGGUAAAAAAAAACCUUUGGAAAACCCAAGGGAGACCAUUCCCCACGUAUUGUGAUGUCUAGUCAAUUCUAAGAGUACCACCGGACACAUGUGGACAUUUGGGAUUGCAUUUCCCAUUGUGAUUUGACAGGUCCUCAAAUCAAAGGGAACACUUUAAAGGAAAGCUUUGGUUGUCACCUUUAUACCACUGAUAUAGUGUUAGCAAAGUAUGGUUCAAAUUAAUUUAUGGUAUAACCAAGAGAUUUUCUCUUCCAAAAGAUGGAUUUUAUUGUAAAUAGUUUCUCAAAAUAUUUUUAACUGGAUCAUGAGCAUGGGGAGAGAAAGUUUCUCAGCUGCUAAGAAUUUCCCCACUGUUUACUUCUUUCACUUACAGUGGUAUUGCAUAUAAGAUUACAAAAUUUAAGGUUUUAUUUGUAUCUAUUACCCAAACCAUUAAAUUGUCCUUGGUUUCAUCAUUGUCUUGGAGGUCCAGUGCAUAAAGGACUGAUAGAGGGAAAGUUCCUCUAGCCAGUCUGCAUGCUAACCCAGGAUUAAGACCAUCUCAUUGAGUAGUAUGUGAGGUCAAGUCUUUGUACUCUUCCAGACCAAACAUUGAAAUGGACUCAUUCAUAUAACUUUCUAUAAAUCCUGUAAGUGAAAAGAUAGUCAACUGUCAGCAGUUGCUUUUAAAAAGGUCACUAUAAUAAGUACUAUAUAGUACAGUAUUAAUUUAUAGCAGGAUAUCAUAUCUUGUAAACUGUAUAUAAAACACGGUUUUAUGGUGCAAUCAUUUGUCCAACUUUUGUCUGUUACAUUGUUUUUAGAGAGUACGUUCUUCUCAUACCUAAGAAUAUCACUGUAAAAUGCUGAAAACUAUCUUUUCGUUUUAUUUGCACAAGACUGAAUUAGUUUGAAAUUUUUGGAAGCUCCUAUCGAACAUGCCUAGACACCUGUAAACAUAAAAACAUUAAGUUCAUUAAAAGUAAACAUUUCAGUAUGAUUCUUUCCAAAGGUAAUCCAUGUUCUAUGUUGUUAACAUGUGAAUGUGAUUUUUCUGACUUGUCCACCUCUUAACCUAUUUUCUGUUUUGUUUUUGAAGGAUGGCUUUUUUUUUUCUUUUUAAUGUUCUAGAUGACCAAAACACUAUUGGUUUUUACCCUUUUGCCUAAAGCUUUGAUAUCUCCACUUGAUGUUCUAUGAAAUCACUGUUUAAUCUCUUAAGUGAAAUACUAAAUAGUCCUGGUGACAAACAAUCUAUUGAUUUAGAGAAAGGCCCAGAAAAAAAGUAUUGAAAGGUAACUUUGGAUAUAUUGUUAGCUAUUAUUUUGCAUCGUGGGCUUCAUGGGAAGAACAUGUUGCAUUUAAUUUGUCUUUAUUAUAAGACUAGUAGACACAAAUUACUCUUACUAUAGUAACCGCUUUAUCAACCCACUUUGAUCUUCUUUUAAAAAUUAAAUUUGCAUUCACAGUUCAAAACAGUAAGCUGUCUUUCAGAAAAAUUUUGAAGGAUAAGAUACAUGAAGGAAAAAAAUGGCCUGUGUAGGCAGAAUUCACUACACAGGACUUGUAGUUGUAUCACCUCAAGAGAUUUUAAAGUUUGUGAUUAAGGUCUGUAUAUUAUCCCAAACUUUAUUAAGAAUUGUUUUCUAAUUGGUUUUGACAUUUUUUCAAUUAAUAGUUUCAAAACAAUUGUUAAUACAACUGUAUAAAAUGAACAUAAUUUUCUUCACUUGUAUUUUUGUUAUUGAGCAAGUUUAUCAAAAUAAAUUGUCUACUAAAGAAACUAAAAAGGCUUCUAUUACUUUGCAUAAGCUUUGAUUUAAAAAAUUAAUUUCUUAUAGAGGUUCCACAUAUAUACACAGAGACACUUCCAUGCCUCUUGUUAGCAUUGUGGUGGGGAAGGGUUCCCUCUCUUCUUCCACUCCUAGCUCACUCCUAGGUCAGAGCUGCCAUUAAUAUUCCAGGUCACUGAUUAUGCCAUGUUUAGUAAUAAGAAGAGCCAUUUAGCAAUAAAACACCACAUACACGUGGAUUUGUCUUCUGCAUCAAAUUUCCAUGAACUAGGAGGAAAAAAAUUGAGCCAAAGCCCGGAAAACCAGCCAUCUUUCUUUUCUUUCUUGCAUAUAGACUUAGCUCUAUCUUGGCUUCAGUCUUCUGCUGUGUCUACUUUUACUUCACGCCAAAGGAUCUUAGCUUCUAAGAUCUUAAAAUGUGGGUUGAAAGAACGAGAUAAAGGCCCUUGGUCUUUAGACAGGUCCAUUUACCCCACAUUAUAGCCUUACUAGAGCCCUCUAUGGAGGUAUCAAGAUUAGCCCAGCACAAUAACAACUAGUGAAUAUCUCACCUUCACUGCUGUUUCUUCUUUAUAUGCCUUUUCCAAGAGCCUCCUGGGGUGUUAAGGGUUAAGACAUGGUAAAAGAUGGUUUUGAGUUCUGGGACUUGAAAUCAUCUUCAUAGGGUGCCCAACCAUUCCAGGUAGCCUGAGACCUAGGGAUUCCCACAAUGUGGGACUUUUUGGGGGAAAAUCCAGGCAAACUAGGGUAGUCAUUAGGUCACUCAAUCUUCACACUAUCCAGAUCUUAUUCUGAUACAUAACACCGAUUAGAGGUACUCAAGAGGGUUCUUUUUGAUAAGCACUAAUGAAUAGGUCAAUUGGUAACUGUAAUGGUAGGCAUAUACCAGACUUUUUCCUUUUCUUCGGAAAAGGCAGCAGCAUAGUUUUAACAAUAACGUGCUCAAAAAAUACCUUAUUUUUGACUAAGUCUUCCAUCAGUUCUAUUCUAGCUGCCCUAUGGGAUUAUGGGGGAAACUCCAAAAUGAGAGGACUGUGGCUUCUCUUGUGGGUCACAGUUACCCAGCAACAAAGUAAAGGCAGUUAUUUAUAAGUGGUAUUAAAGAUAGAAAGUAUAAUGUAUUAUUUUUUUAGAGUUUUGGUUCUUUUCCCAGAAGAGGAAAAUACCACAGGAUGAUAUUUUCAAGCACAAUCAAGGUUUGUGCCUAUCAACCCCAGUUCUAAUUAUAGACAGAGACCACCUAAGAUUAAUUUUCAAGAGUUUCAAGAAGAGAUUUUUCAUGAAACCCAAAAUUUCAUAGUUGGAUGAAGUCUCAAAGAGCUUGUCCAGGGUUUCCAUUUUCAGAUGAAGAAAUUGAGGCCUCAGAAAGGCUUUCUGACUUUCCUAAAGUCUCUCGACUAGGUCUCAGCAGAGCCCUCAACAUAGGAAAGAAUGUCUUUGACAAAUGCACAUUGAUCCUAGGACAAAUAUUCUCAUUCUACAGCCAUCUGAACCCACCUGUCUUCAGCUCAUCUUCAUCUGAUGCUCAUCCACCAAGUCAUUUCUGUUGGGCCCAGAGUGUGGCUCGGUGGUAGAAGCCCUUGCCUGGCAUGGGUGAGGCCUUGGGUUUGAUUCCUAGCACUCCAAGUGGAUUCUGCCAAAAUAUUCUUUAAAUGAAGUGUAUUACGUCCUCAUUCACAUUUUUGUCAUUCCCAUUGCGCAGAUGAAAGCCCCAACUCCGGUAAGCUGGCAUAGAAAACUCUCCAUGACUAGGCUUUGAGCGGCCUCCUCAACCUCCUCACUGUUUACUUUUUCUGACAACCAGCCUGCUCUCCAUUCUCUGACUACAACCUGCUUGCUGUUGUGGCUGUGUCUGCAUUGUCUACUUCUGGUGGUUUUCUUUAAUCCUGCUUGUGUUGAACUAUACCUAAUCCUUUGUUUUCCUUUUGCUUAUUCCUCUGUAACAGUACUGGAGGGGAGUAGACCCCUGCAUUCAAAUCUCAGUUCACAGUUUUAGUUUUGUGACCUUCAGGCAAAUCAUUUAACCAAGGUCUGUGAGCCUUGGUUUUUUUAUCUAUACAAUGGGGCUAAUAACCAUACCUACUUAUGGGGCUAUUGUUUGUUUAAAUGAGACCAAGUGCCAGGUACAGAGUAAGCAUUCAAAUGUUGGUUGCUGCUAUUAUCACUAAAACAUUUUUUUUAACUAGAUUAUAAACUCUAGAAUGCAAGGAAUAUGGCUUUCUCGUGUUCCUGAGAGACCUGGCACAAUGCUUUACCUAUGAAAUUGAAUUAUCAAGAUUAAAUUCAGGGGCUGAGGUUGUUGGUCAAUAGUAGAGUGCUUGCCUAGCAUGUGUUAGGCACUGUGUUCGAUUCUCAGCACCUCAUACAAAUAAAUAAAAAUAAAGUUCCAUUGACAACUAAAGCAAAAAAAAAAAAAUAUAUAUAUAUAUGUAAUAUAAAUUCAGGGAUAGAUUAUAAAGGAAAUUUAUGAAACCAUAUUUCCUGGAAAUUUAAAAGACCCAGUUACCUAUUUGCUAGAAUUAUUUCAGUAAAAUUCUUCCUGAAGGCAGAGGCUGGUCUAGAUCUAGUGUAGUUACUUUAUCAGUGGGUAUGUCCCCAUUUAAUAUGUCAGUUUCAUUGAUCUCAGGAUUUCCUUGUGGACUCAAGAUUCUUACUGAACUCGGCUCUCACAUUGCUGCUGAUACAAACAGGAACAGGAUGAUGCAAGUGUCCUGUUGAUCUUGAGAGAACUCUCUGGAGGCUUCUUCAAGCUUGUGGGUUCUCUGCUGUCUCGAAGCCCUACAUUUGCAUGAAGAAAAACACUGAUAGAGAUCCAAGGAAACAAUUGACCCAGAAGAAUAUGAAUGGACCCAGCCAGAAUCCAGACAAUGGAUUACUGGUCACCCACGUUAACCAGACCCAGGACUUACUGAAGCUGCAGGAAAGCAAGGAUCAGUCUUCAGUUUUGGAAGAAUCUGAAGACUGGCUUUCAACUCACAGUUUAAAGUUUGAGAAACUCACCCUGGCUGACCUGAUCAGUCAGGGCACAGCCAUGCUGGAAGAGAGCUGCAAUGUCACCCAAAAAGUGCGCUUCUGCACUCACACCAUCCACCGUUUUGAAUCAAAGCUUUCUGAAGUUAUUGAACGCUACCAGCAGAGAAUCCAGUGGCUCACAGAAAACAGCAAGAAGGUGUUUGGCUCCAUCAAGGGGGCCAGGGUGGGCAUCCUCCUUGAUGCAUCAGCAUUUGGCAGUGGCCCUCGGAAGGAAGAAUUCCAGAAUGACUUCAUGAGCCUCAUUGAUGAGCAGCUGAGCCUCAAAGAGAAGCUGUAUGUCCUGUCCUUUGGCACCACCAUCAAUCCCCUCUGGCCAGACCCCGUGGAAGUCAGCACCUUCACCCUCCAGGAACUCAAGCUCUGGGUAAAGGAACAGCAGCCUGAGGGAGGCAGCAAUUUACUACAAGCCCUGAAGAAAAUCUUCACACUAAAGGGGCUGGAUUCUCUGGUGAUUAUAAUGGGAAGCUGCCCAGACCAGCCUUCUGAAAUCCUGUCUGACUACAUCCAACAAUCCUCCAUGGGAAGGGACCUCAUCACCCAAGUCAUCACCUACAGAUGCGAUGAUCAGGUCCCCUCUGCUAUCCUGAAGAACCUUGCAGAAGCACUCAGGGGCUACUACCACUGCUACAGCCCAGAGACAGAGCUCUAUACCAGUAGAGACAUGGAUGAGCUCCAGGCAGAAAUCCAGAAGGCCCAGAGCCUCCUGGGCUACAUGCAAGCCCUGCACCAGAGCAACCCUUGUGAGGAACAGGCCUGUGCCGUGAAGGAGAUUUCCCCAGAGCUGGAAAAAGAACCGUUCACAAGUCUUUUGCCUAAACGUACAAGACAUGAUGCUCCUCUCUCAAUUGAGUUCCCAAACUUGGACAAGACUUCUGCAGAGUGGCUAAAAAUCAAUGGCCUAAAAGCCAAGAAAUUAAGUCUUUAUCAGGUUCUGGCACCCAACGCAUUCUCUCCUGUGGAAGGAUUUGUGCCCAUUCUGCAGAAAACAGUAUCAUCAACUAUCCACGAGAGAGCCAUGGUACAGUUUGAAUGGCAUGACGGGACAAUGAAGAAUGUCCACGUGGACCCACCCUUCCUCUACGAGUACCAGAAGCAGCUCAGCGGAGCCCUGCAGCUGUAUGAGAGGAGGAUCGAGUGGCUCUCCCUGGCCAGCAGAAGGAUCUGGGGCACCGUCUGUGAAAAAAGGGUGGUUAUACUGCUGGAUAUCUCCGUGACCAAUUCCAUGUACAUUAUUCAUAUCCAGCACUCCCUGCGGCUGCUGCUAGAGGAGCAAAUGUCCAACAAGGACUGCUUCAACCUCAUCGCGUUUGGGAGCACAAUCGAGAGUUGGAGGCCUGAGAUGGUUCCCCCAAGCCACACCAAUUUGCAAAGCGCCUGGUGGUGGGCCCUGGCCCUGAAGUGCCAAGGCAGCAGGAACGUCCUCAGCGCCCUGCGGAAGGCCGUGGAGGUGGACUUCAAGGACAAAGGCAAACAGCAAUCGCAGGGCAUCUACCUCUUCACAGGGGGCAUCCCGGAUCAGGAUGUGUCCAUUCUCAGCGCCUACAUGGCCGAGGCCUGCGGAGGCUUCGACCUCCAGCUGAACGUGUGUCUCUUCUACGUGGGUGAGCCAAGGAUGGACACCACGCCCCCUGCCUGCUACGCCAGCCGCGGGGACACAGCGGCAGCCUACAAGGAGCUCACCCAGGCUGCGGGUGGUCGCUUCCACUGGUUUGGAGACACAGGUGUGUAUGAGAGUGACGACAUCAGUGCCAUCACUGCUGAGAUACAAAAGGUCUUCAACUACUCCCAAAAGUGUGCCUUACUGGUGGCCUCUCUGAAGAGCCAUUCGGGUAAAGAACUGGAGAGUGCAGCCCUCCCCAAAGAAAAGCCAGAGAUGCUCAAGCAGAGAAGCCAACCCAAGCAAUUCAGUACUCCCGAGCCCGCAGCCGCCCCCUCGGUGGCCAGAAUGAACAUGAAAGAUAACCUGGAUAGAGAGAAGAUCUCUCCCUUAAAAGAGCUGAAAUGGCAUCCACACAGUGGCAGAGUGGGCAUCUCCCCAGCCCAGCCCAUGAAAAAAGAGACAGACUGGAGGAGGAAGCCCAAGUCCAGGGCAUCAGAGCCCACUCUCUCACUAUUCUAUACAGAGACAAGGAACAACGUGGGCUCGAUGUACAAGAAGUACCCUCAAAGAAGGGCUAUGAAAACCAUCAACUCAUCUAUUGAGUUGCCCAGAAAGGAUACAGUUUGCUCGAGCCAAGAGUGGAUAGCAAAUUAUGGACUGAGAAAACUGAAGAUGGAGCUCUCCAGGUACAUGGGUCCCCACUGUACCCAACAGAAGUUCAUGCAGAGAUCAACAUCGGCCAAACACUGCAGUGUCCUCCCCAGCAUAGAGAUCAAUGGAGUGGUGAAGCACAUUCAGUGGACGCACAGAGAGAUGGAAGCAUACAUCUCAUGCUUAGAGAAGGUGAUGAGGUGCUACGUCCAGAGGCUGCAGUGGCUGCUGUCCGGAAGCCGCUGGCUGUUUGGCACCAUCUUGGAGAGCAAAGUGUGUGUCCUGCUGGACACGUCGGGGUCCAUGGGCCCCUACCUGCAGCAGAUGAAGACAGAGCUGAUUCUCCUGAUUUGGGAGCAGCUGCGGAAGCACUGUGUCAGUUUCAACCUGCUCAGUUUUGCAGAGGGCCUACAGCCAUGGCAGGACACUCUGGUGGAGACCACAGAUGCUGCAUGUCACAAGGCUAUGCAGUGGGUGACCCACCUGCAAGCUCACGGGAGUACCUCGGUCUUGCAAGCAUUGAUGGCAAGUGCCACCCUGGACCCUGACCCUGUGGCAAAACAGAAACUCCAUCACCCACUACACUGAUAUUGUGCUUUGCUUUGGGGUUUACAAAGCGGCACUCUAUUUUAUCUUCCCAACAACUCAGACAGAAGGAGAUCUUGUUCUGGCUUUGAGAUGAAGACACAGAGGUUCAGAGAGGUUAAGUGACAUGCUUGAGGUCAACCAGCUAGGAAGUGGGCUGUGCCCUUCCUCCUAAACCUCAGCAGCUUCCUGGGUCUGUCUGAGGCUGAAGGCGGGGGGAGGGUCUCGGUUUUAAUGGACAUGUCAUGGGCAUCCAUCAGACACAUUUUCCUUGGGAGCAGCAGAGGCCACUGUCAGGCAAGUGUUUUUUGUCUUUUCUGGUGACAGCCUUUCUGUGGUCUGUCAGAAAGCAUUCAGUUUUCAAGAUGU